GAGGCGACGCUCCCCGGCGCGGACUCGCGGGAGUUCUUGAACCGCAUGUUCGACGUCGAGCGCGCCACGGCCGGGUGGGUCGUGAACUCGUUCGCGGACCUCGAACAGAGGUAUGUCGAGCACUACGAGAAGGUUACGGGGAAACCGGUGUUCGCCGUCGGUCCGGUUUGCUUCGUGAACGGCGACGGCGACGACACCCUGGAGCGCGGCCGCGGAGGGGAGGCCGUCGCCGCAGCGGAGGCCGCGCGCGUGCUCGAGUGGCUGGACACAAAGCCCGUGCGGUCAGUGGUGUACGUCUGCUUCGGCAGCCUCACCCGGUUCCCGCGCGAGCAGGUGUCGGAGCUCGGCAUGGGCCUCGCCUACUCCGGCGCGAACUUCGUGUGGGUCGUCGGAGAUAAGAGCGCGCCGCCGCUCCCGGACAUAGACGCCGCGGCGCCGGGUCGCGGGCUCGUGGUUAGGGGCUGGGCCCCGCAGGUGGCGGUGCUGCGGCACGCGGCAGUGGGCGCGUUCGUGACGCACUGCGGGUGGGGUGCGGUGACCGAGGCGGCGGCGGCGGGCGUCCCGGUGCUGACCUGGCCAGUGUUCGCGGAGCAGUUCUACAACGAGGCGCUGGUGGUGGGGAUCGCCGGCACGGGCGUCGCCAUGGGCGCCGAGAGGGGGUACGUGUGGGGAGGCGAGGCGCUGGGCGGAGUCGUGGUGGGCAGGGAGGCGGUGGCAGAGCGGGUGCGCAGCGCACUGGCAGACAAGGCGCUGCGGCGGAGAGCGGGGGAGAUCGGCGGACGCGCGCGGCGCGCGGUGGAGGCGGGAGGGUCCUCGUACGAGGCCGUGGGCGCGCUGCUGGAGGAUGUGCUGCGUCCCGGACGCCGGGGCCAUGAUGGAGAGCGCGGAGAGGAAACCGGGCGGGUUCCCGUGGUUUGGAACUUUUUAUAAACGGGCUAGCCUCCGUUCCUACUGAUCACUCCCCUUUAUAACAUGUUUAACCAAAUUUAUCUAACUUUCAACAAGUUUAUAAGAAAAUACAUCAACAUCUACAACAUCGAUCGGAUUGUUUUUAUAAAUUUAUCACGAAAUAUGUCAUCUACUCUUUGAUGAUGCAUAUAGCCUUUUUAUGCUCUGAAUUGCUUAGUUUCCCUCCAUUUAAUAUCAUUUGCUCGAAUGAUGUAAUAAGCCACGAUGACCUUAUGCAUGGGUGAUGUAAUAAGCUGAAGAGUUUCAUUACACCGUUUCCAAGAGUGCCACAUCAUCUUUAAAGAUUUAAGUUGAUGAAUGAAAUAGCUCCUCACAAUGCACAGUUUCAUGUCACGAUUUCAUAGGCUACUCAUAGUAUUUAAUUGUUGUAUGGUGUUGAGAUCAAAUAUGUCAUAUGAAUAUGUAACCACUUGUAAUUGUAGUAGUGGCACACUAACCAUAGCCACAUA